GCCAGGCGCGCCAGUGACAGGGUGGCAGCCCAGGAGCGGACGCGCUGCCGCCGCCGCGCUCCACCUCCUGCUCCUCCCGCAGCUCCGCUCGCAGCCGCCGCCGCCGCCGGGAGAAGUUUCACUCCCGUCCCUCGCUCGGAGCGCCGACCCCAAGAGGAGCGGGGAGCGCGGCCGGCAGCUGCUACCCGCCGCGGGCCGGGCGCCCGGGGCGCUCCGACCCCGAGCCGGCGUCGGCGCCUGGGCGGCGGGCAGCGGCCCCGGCUGGGGGCGCCGAGGCGGAGGAGGGGCGGGGGCAGCCGGGCGACCCGCGCGUGGCGCCGCGGCCGCUCAGUCAGCGUCCGCGCCGGGGCGGCCGCGAUGGCCGUGCGCUCCCGCCGCCCGUGGGUGAGCGUGGCGCUGGGGCUGGUGCUGGGCUUCACCGCCGCGUCCUGGCUCAUCGCCCCCAGGGUGGCCGAGCUGAGCGAAAGGAAGAGACGCGGCUCCAGCCUCUGCUCCUACUACGGCCGCGCGGCCGCUGGCCCUGGCGCGCAGCAGCCGCUCCCCCAGCCUCAGCCCCGGCCGCGGCCCGGCCUGUCGCCGCCCCCUGCACGCCAGGAGCUCCAGGGGCCGCCGCCCCCCGAGGCAGCGCCCGGGGUCACCAGCUUUCGGGGCAGCCCCUGGCAGCAGCCACCUCCGCCGCAGCAGCAGCAGCGGCGGCGCGGACGCGAGCCCGAGGGCGCGACGGCGCUCCCCGGCGCCCCGGCGGCCGAGGGGGAACCCGAGGAGGAGGACGGGGGCGCGGCUGGGCAGCGGAGAGGCGGCCGGCCGGGGAGUAACCACAACGGCAGCGGGGACGGGGGCGCCGCCGCCCCGAGCUCCCUGCCCCGGGAUUUCCUGUACGUGGGGGUGAUGACCGCCCAGAAGUACCUGGGCAGCCGCGCGCUGGCGGCGCAGCGGACCUGGGCGCGCUUCAUCCCCGGCCGCGUGGAGUUCUUUUCCAGCCAGCAGCCCCCCAACGCCGGACUCGGCCAGCCCCCGCCACCCCUGCCUGUCAUCGCGCUACCGGGGGUGGACGACUCCUAUCCUCCCCAGAAAAAGUCCUUCAUGAUGAUCAAGUACAUGCACGACCAUUACCUGGACAAGUACGAGUGGUUCAUGCGCGCCGACGACGACGUCUAUAUCAAAGGUGAUAAGUUAGAAGAGUUUCUUAGAUCACUGAAUAGCAGCAAGCCCCUCUACCUGGGCCAGACUGGCCUGGGGAAUAUUGAAGAACUUGGAAAGCUGGGGCUGGAGCCUGGGGAGAAUUUCUGCAUGGGAGGACCUGGCAUGAUCUUCAGUCGAGAGGUUCUCAGGAGGAUGGCGCCGCAUAUUGGUGAAUGCCUCAGAGAAAUGUACACAACUCAUGAGGACGUGGAAGUAGGAAGAUGUGUCCGACGUUUCGGUGGGACUCAGUGUGUCUGGUCUUAUGAGGUUUUUCAGGAACCUAUGGAUCGCUUCAGUUCUUCCUCAGGAUGGAUGGUCUCGGUGGUCUCGGGUAAGGUCUUGCCUGUGGACUUUGCUGUAAGCAAGAGAGAGGUGCUGAUUCAGUGGUUCUCCACCCUGACUGCACAAAGCAAUCUCCUGGGAGAAUCUGAGAAAAUUCCGAUGCUGGAGCCCAUCCCUGACCCAUUAUGUCAAAAUACGUUGCAGGGGAGACCUACGGCCUGGAUGAAGCUAAAAGAAGGCUACAACUUCAUCCUGACACUCACGUCUCAAAACCAGAAUGAACAGCCACAUCUAAGCCCCGGGCUGCUGCGCCUGCGGUUGGUACAAAAUUCUGCCCCAUUCUGGUUGGAGUGCGCACGGUUAUUGAUAUGUAAGCCAAUACUUACAUUUGAAUUACUCUCUAUGCCCUUGUUCUAUGCUUUUGAACCCGUGACUUCAGGAACAGAUGACGUCAGUGCCCUGGACCUGACGGUAGUGCAGGAUGGCUUCCUUCUGCCUCUCUCUGUUAUCCCCUGUGAGAACAGUCUGAAUCUCUGUGUCGGAUGGCCCGGGAUUCAGGCCCAAUUCUGCAAAGCCUACACAGUUAAGGUACAGGCUUUUUUUGGAAAAAUGUACGCAGCCAAAGAUCAACAAAGGGAGAGAAGGCGUGGGGGCCUCUCUUCCUCCUGCCUUUCCACAGAGAAACGGGUCAUGGCGAUGGCGCUUCUGGAGCCCCACUGUCGGAAGGGGACACACAGGCCGAAGGGGGCCACCAAGCCUGGAAUUUGGUUGUGA